CGUUACCGUACGCAUCGUUCUCAGCGGUCAGUAGACGAUGACCAGUCGCUGGCGUCGCGUCGCAUCGUUCCACGUUCGAACACCUGACAACCAAACAUGAGGACGAUGCUUUUGGGAUCUUGGUUCUUGCUGGCGCUGAUAAUACAGACGCAGGCUCUGAACCCGGAUUUUGGGCCAUGGGUACGGCCCACUCAUGGGGAGCCUUGGCCUUAUCCUGAACAUAGACGGGUCAACAAGGCGUACUACCUGCUGCGUGCUUCGACUUUUCAAUUUAACGUAGUUGGUGAAACAUGCGAUAUAGUGACCGAUGCAGUAGAAAGGUAUCAAGCAAUCAUCCUGAAGGAAGCAAAGAUAGCGAAGAUCCAUUCGCAAGGAAAUGGAAAAUCGUCAUCGGGAAACGAUACCUCCAAAGGUACUCUAACUGCUCUGAACAUCCAUUUAGGGGAGCCAUGCGAGAAAGAUGGCAACCACUGGCCUCACUUGCAGAUGAGUGAAUCGUAUGUUCUUAGCAUAAACGAGAUGUCUACCGCUGCGAAACUCGUGGCUGACUCUGUGUGGGGAAUUCUUAGGGGUCUCGAGACCUUCUCUCAGCUGAUAUCGCCAGCUGGAGAUGGUUCUAACCUGAAGAUAAAAUGUCAGACGAUCCACGAUAGUCCAAAACUGCGCCACCGUGGUCUCCUGCUAGACACGUCCCGCCAUUACCUGCCCAUCUCCGACAUAUUGCUGACUCUGGACGCGAUGUCCUAUAACAAAUUGAACGUCCUCCACUGGCAUAUCGUGGACGACAACAGUUUCCCGUACCAGAGCUCGAAAUAUCCCAACUUAUCCGCCAAAGGAGCGUACCAUCCUUCGAUGGUCUACACGUUGAACGAUAUCCAGAAGAUCGUAGACUACGCUAGGCUAAGGGGUAUUCGAGUCAUGCCGGAAUUCGAUACCCCUGGACAUACCAGGUCAUGGGGUUUGGCUUAUCCUGAGCUAUUGACCACUUGCUACGAUGCAGAAGGAAAGACGACCGGCAAACUGGGACCAAUGAAUCCGAUAAAUCCAAACGUGUACGAGUUCUUACGUCACCUGUUCGCGGAGAUCGUGCAGGUAUUUCCGGAUCAAUACGUUCAUCUAGGAGGCGACGAGGUGCCGUUCAGUUGCUGGAUGAGCAAUCCAGAGAUCAACGAUUACAUGAAACAUCGAAACAUGUCGAAAAACUACGCGCUCCUCGAGGGAGAGUACAUAGCGAAGCUCCUUCAGAUCACCGAUUCGUUGGAAGCGAACACCAUAGUAUGGCAAGAGGUGUUCGACAAUGGAGUAAAAAUGCCGAACAACACAGUGGUGCACGUGUGGACCGGUAACUGGGCGAAGGAGCUGGAAGGUGCAACGAAGGCAGGACACUCGGUGUUGCUCUCAGCCUGCUGGUACCUGGACCACGUUGCUGGAGGAGGAGACUGGAAGAAGUUUUACAGAUGUGAUCCCAUGGCAUUCGCUGGUGCUUCGAAUGCAACUCAUUUGAUGCUCGGUGGAGAGGCCUGCAUGUGGGGAGAAUAUGUUGACAAGAACAAUGUACACUCGAGGAUAUGGCCGCGAGCUAGUGCAGCAGCUGAACGUCUCUGGAGCACCGUAAAAUCAGACGAGAACAUAGCUGCACAAAGGCUCGAGGAACAUUCGUGUCGCAUGAACAGACGCGGAAUUCCGUCACAACCACCAAACGGACCUGGUUUCUGCCUCACGUAGUGCCGCUUCAAACAUUUUCCAUUUAUACAACGCGACACUCUCGGGUGCGACGACAGAAUCAUUGUAUCAGGGAAUUUAAUAAAUUUUUAUCACCCUC